UUUGGUUUGCACUGUGCUGAGUCACGUGUACACUGGGGACAGCAGUGGGGUGGAAGCAGGCUUCUCGCCUUCAGUAUUGACCAGCGCUCCGAUGGCUAAAGCGGGCCGACUCGCGAUGCUCAGUCCGGUCUCUGUGCGGCUACAGCUCAAGCUGCUGGAUAUCAACACAAGGCAUUCGCAGAUCACAGUGGACAAUACACAGCAGCUGCCCGCACCUGUACCUAUUCGCCUUGUUGUGGAAAUCGAACUUACCGCCACGUACUCGGACGGAACCGACUUUACCUGCCGAACCUGUUACUCUGAUGUUGUCGUCAUGUUGAACGAGGACGGCGAGGUUGGUUUACACCAUGGAUCAAAGGGACGGUGUAUUUCACCUGGCGGCCAUUUGAUUACUGGCGCGAGAGUCAUAAAGCACACUCUGCGGGUCGCAUUCAUUCCGUAUGAUGAUUUCGAUUCGGAAAAGGAGAAAUGUACCAACAAAAGGAGGUACGAACCUCCGUUUUACUUUGAUGCGACUCUUUCAAAAGAAGAUGGACAAUAUUCCAUCGUCACAGAGAGGGGCCGGCAUCCAUGUGGCGAAUGUGAGUUUGACAUUCUCCCAAAAGUGGCGAAACCCGUGACAGUCCACCUGUGGCAAUUGAAGAAGAAGCCGCUUGUGAACGCUACCUGCAAGUUAGAUAUUGAGAUUGUUCAGGAUCCAUAUGUUGUGGAAGUGGAAAAAACACUGGGAACGGAGCGGAAUAGCGCUACAUACAGUCUCCGUGGGAGCAGUGUCUCAACCGACAGUGCGAGAGUCUCGGUUUCAUCGAUCCAGGUUGACCGGGUGGGGCGGGCUCAGUCUGCUAGACAGUAUUUUCAUAGUAGCACAAAUGUCGCCAUCCAACCGGAAGAAGAUGAAUACGAUAGCGACGACUGCGUCGAUAUGUCUUUCCUGGAGGCUGAGCUUGGAAAGCACUUGGAGGACAUGUGUAUGGAUGCUAAUCUGACAAGAUCGGAGUGUGCAUUGUUAAAAGCGUGGAAUAAACACGUUAUACGAGACCGACCCUUGGGCAGAUGUCAAUAUAAAGAUUCCCUAAUGCGCUUUAUAUCAAAGCGUGAUACCGUAGAUCAUGCAGACAUUAUGACUUUAUUGUUCAUGUUGCGUGAAAAUGGGUUACUCAUGGCGGAUGAGGUUUUUGAAGUUGCGAGGAGAUCUAAAGAGCUGCAAGGCAAAAGGAAACAUCUGCACAUCUAAGAUCAAAAUAUUACAAAACUUGAGGCGGAUGGGUAUGACAAAUAUGUGGAGCUAUUUACUCGACUAUCCCGUCCUUUCGGAAGCGCGCUAUCCCUCCGAGACGGGGCGGUAGCCGAUUCAUCUUCUGCAAUACGUCUCAUUGCAUACAUCCAAUCUUCGAGCCGGGCAUCGGACCCAACAUCAAUGAGAACGUUCACUCCGUUCAUUAGGCGUGCACGUAUUGCCUUAUGUCUGGGUACAUUGGAUGCCUUCUCUAUCACGGCAUUACGGAGGUUAUACGCGGCUAUGGGACUCGCUCCGGACAACUUUAUCAUCAGGAUUUGUAUCGAAUUGAGCGGUCAUCCCAAUCAUGAAAUGGUCACGCAGUUGGCAAUAUACUCACCUCUGGGUCCCUCACGGGAAAGUCCAUGUCCUUGACAGUCGCUCUUCCACUUGGGAAUAUCAACAAUGAAUGGCUUGAAUGCGAAAGCUUGGCCACACACAGUUUCCACGAAGUCAUUCCGGAAUCUUGUCUCAGGAGCUGCCUUUUGACAGUCAAACUUGGUUCCCACUCUUUCUUGAUCUGCGCUACCGCAAUUUUCGGGUGCACAUGGUGCGGAGGGGGUGGCAUCAUUAGGGACGUCGUUGAAGAAGGGCUUCCUACCAUGCCUCUUUUGUUGAUACCGACAUUGAUGAUCUGGCCGCCCAUCGGGGAUUUGGCAAUCGAGAAGGUUGAAGGUAGUGAGCCAAUCUUAGGGGCGGCAAUAUAUGUUGCAGUUUUUGGCUGGGUUGCAGGUGACCGUUGAUUAUGUUGUGUUGACUGUUUGAGCAUUUCAAGUUGAGUUUGUUCAAUCUCUUCGAUAUGCCUCAGAAGGUCUUCAUAUGGGGAGGGCAAGGCAGACUGAGAACUCCAUAUGUCCGGGGCUGCGGAAGGCAAUUCAGUAUGGCUUGUUGAAAUGUUCGCAUGCGGUGUAGGCUGAAAAAAAUUAUGAAAUGAGUUUGACAGCAUUGCACGGUGCGCACGUUUUCAACCUCACCUCGGCCGAUAUUUCCUGCCGCAGUUGACUCGGUCCUGUUGCGCGCCGUUGAGUCGGGAAUGACAAACGACCUGACGAAACAGCUUCGGUGGGAUGGGAUAAUGAGCGAGGUCUCCUGACUGAGGCAGCUGAUUCGUUACCCUCAGGAGGGUCUUCCCCUUCUGUGUACAAAGUCUGCACAGAAUUUAGUAGUUCUCCAGGAGUAGAGUUCAUUCCCAUUUUAAAGUUGAAAGACGUUUCUUCUUCUCCUUGUUUCCCCG